GUAACCCAACAAAAACAAAUAGAAGUCUGGUUGUGGUGGUAUUGAAAAGAACACGAAGAAGAACAGAAGAUGUCUUCAUCGCUAUCGUACGCUGCUACCAUUUCCAGACCCUCUUCUUCUUCUCCAUCUCUUCCUUCAACCGCUCUCUUUCCCUCUGCUUUCCCUUCGCAUUUCUCACACUCCAUUUCUCACACCAAUCGCAGAUUUUCGAGGUUUGGUGUCAAGUGCAGCUAUGCUGAUGCAGGCGUAAAGGACACCAAUUCUUUCACUAUAGACGUUGAAGCUAAUAUUAAGGCUGAGAGGCUUGUAGUGUUGGGAGGCAGUGGCUUUGUUGGUUCGGCUAUAUGCAAGGCUGCAGUAUCAAGGGGUAUUGAAGUCAUAAGCCUAAGCAGGUCAGGGCGUCCGAGUUCUUUGGAUUCAUGGGAAGAUCAAGUAAGUUGGAUCACAGGAGACGUUUUCUAUGUAAAUUGGGAUGAAGUACUUCCAGGUGCUACCGCAGUGAUUUCAACGAUAGGAGGUUUCGGUAGCGAGGAACAAAUGCAACGAAUUAACGGCGAGGCAAAUGUCGUUGCGGUAAAUGCUGCCAAGGAAUAUGGAAUUCCAAAGUUCGUUUUGAUCUCGGUGCACGACUAUAACUUACCGUCAUUUUUACUUACGUCUGGAUAUUUCACCGGAAAAAGAAAAGCCGAAUCAGAAGUUCUCUCCAAAUACCCCAGUUCUGGUGUAGUCUUAAGACCUGGAUUUAUAUACGGGAAAAGAAAGGUCGGUGAAUUUGAGAUCCCGCUUGAUUUAAUAGGCGAACCGGUGGAAAAACUUCUUGAAGCAACCUCAAGCUUCACCAAACCGUUGAAUGCUCUACCGGGGUCGGAUCUGAUAUUCGCGCCGCCUGUUAGUGUGGAUGACGUGGCACUAGCCGCGGUAAACGCGGUCAAAGAUGAUGAUUGCUUUGGGGUUUUUACAAUCAACCAAAUUAAGGAAGCUGCAGCUGGGGUUAAAGUGUGAGGUUGUGUCACAAGUUAUGGAUAUAGUACAUGUAUAAAUAAUUAAACAUGUAUAUAUUGCAUCAUGUUGUAAGAAGCUGUAACUAAUAGCUAUUUGAAGAAAUGCAAUACAAACAUGCAAUGCAAUGCAAUGAAUUGGGAAUUA